CUGAGAUUAAUAUUUGUCAUGACACCAUGAUUGGAUCUCACUUAUGAGGAAGUGCAUAAGUUCAGUGCUUUCAAAUCAACAGGAGUUUAAAAUAAAAGUGAGAACCUGACAACCUCUGACUGUGACUGUAGUAACAGAGUGUAGGUAUAAUAGGUGCCAACAGCUCCCCGCGUAUCUGCAGGCUGAAUGGCCUCAGAUCACCAAAGGCAACAAGGGAGGGAGAGGAGGAGAGGAGAGGAGAGGGGUGGAAACUAGGGCACUGUUAUCUGGCCCCUUUUUCAUCAACUACCAGGCACCGGGCGGAGAAGGAGAAAGGAAGCGCGGCGGACGAGAGCGGGAGCGAGCGGAGGAUCAGCCGUGGACGCGAGGAGGGAACGCCAAGGAGCAGGACGACGGCGCCCUUCGUCUGACGCAGGCUUCAGCAUCACGCACGCCCCGCACACACACACGCACGCACGCACACACACACACACACGCGCUCCCAACUUUGGCCGAGCGGCGACAUGUUCGAGGAGCAGGCGACCAAAGUCAAGCUCACGUCGGUGGUGAUCGUGGCCGGCAUGUCGGCCAUGUUGGCCGCCGUGGUGACCGACCACUGGGCCGUGCUGAGCCCGCGCGUGGAGAGGCUCAACGCCACCUGCGAGGCCGCCCACUUCGGCCUCUGGAGGCUGUGCAAGAAGAGCAUCUUCAUGGUGGAGGAGGACCCCCAGGGCAAAGGCUGCGGCCCCAUCACUUUACCCGGAGCGAAAAACUGCUCCUACUUCAAGCACUUCACGUCCGGGGAGGAGGCUGAAGUUUUUGAAGUCAAAACGCAGAAAGAGUACAACAUCUCAGCAGCGGCCAUCGCCAUCUUCAGCCUGUUCUUCAUGAUCCUGGGGACCCUGUGUGUCAUCUUCUCCUUCGGGAAGGGGCGCGACUACCUGCUCCGCCCCGCUGGGAUGUUCUUCGCCUUCGCAGGCCUUUGCAUCAUCAUCUCCGUGGAGGUCAUGCGUCAGUCUGUGAAGCGGAUGAUUGACAGCGAUGAGACCAUCUGGAUCGAAUACUACUACUCCUGGUCCUUCACCUGCGCCUGCGCCUCCUUCACGCUGCUCAUCCUCAGCGGCGUCGCCCUGCUCCUCAUCUCCAUGCCGCACAUGCCACGCAACCCCUGGGAGACCUGCAUGGACGCCGAGCCCGACACCCUGGAUUAGCCACGGGCCGCGAGGUGCACGUGGGUGAAACGAACAGAAGCUGUGCAUCUUUAGCCCUUUAAUUCCUGAUUCAACCUUUCAUCCAAACAUGUCAAAUCCUCACGUUCAUGUCUUGACUUAAUGAAUGUGUCCAUUCAAUUUCUGCUUUUCAGCAACAGUGUGUUAUUUUCAGGAUGUUGCAUCGUCACAAGCACUUGAACGCACCACCACAGACGCUGGUCAGAGAUCAGCCGUGUGCCUCAGACGUCGAGCCGUUUGACAAUUUUGUCAUAAUUAUGCAUCAAUGCAUCAUGUUCAAGUACCUGAUGCCAAUGAAUGUAAAGUAGUUUUCAGGUUUACACCAGAACAUGACAAACUGCAGACACAUUUAAACUAAAGCACAUAAAGUCUGAGUCAUUCUCUAACGCUUUGGUCAAAGUGAGGUAUUGAAUCCUUAUAAUCGACUGCUGCCACUUUCUUUUUGUUCUUCGUACAAUGAGUCCGUCCUGCUGAUUGUCUGGAGACAGAGCGCCUGCAUGAAACGCCUUGUUGACAUCAGUCAUUGAUUUCUGAUGGAUGUUCGAGACCCCUGGCGGCGCGUCCAGGAGCUUUGAUCCAUAAAUAGGACUAUUGUCUGUAACUGCUGGACUUCGGUGUCACGCUUUGCAUUUUAGCAAAUGCAAUCGGACUUUAGCAGCGUUCGACAACGAUAGGAACGCCAGAAAUAAGAAGAGAGUAUAGAAAAUAACACUAUGAAUAAAUAAUAGUCAGCGAAGCCCCUGCCCUUUGAUCAUAGCGUAUGGAUGAAUGAAUGAAUGAAUGAAUGAAUAAAUGAAGCUGCCACAGAUCUUUCUAAAGGAAAAGACGACGUUUCCUACUGUCGACCGAGGGCGGCCUCGUUGUAGCAUGGUGUUAGCUUCACGGCUAGUCCACUAAACACCACCUUCUAAAACCCACAGUUAGUGAAAGAAAACAGGAGCCUGCUUUCACUUAUUCUAGCAUUAAUGUGAUAAUCUAACUUUCAACAUCGGUACCGAAGCACUGAAGAAAAAAAUUCAUCCAUUAAUUGAGUAAAAAGACAGAUUAAACCAACCCGUUUGGUGAUUUAACCAGACACCUGCUUCACAGAGGCUGCAUGUUGCUCCAUGCUGGUUUCCUGGGAGCCACUCAGGCCCUGAGGCCAUUCAGCAGAUGCAGUGGAAUUAAAGGCGGCUCCACGAGGGAACAGAUGAUUACGUUUAGCUCCAAGGAACAGGUCAUUUUUCUAUUGCUAUCGCAAAAGUUACUAAGUCAUUGUACACAUUGUUUAGAUCUAGUAACUGUGUGUUGGUUCCUUUAAUCAGUUUUAUAUCAUAUAUACAUGUUUUCCUGGAAUAUUAUAUCAUAUUAGUCUGGACAGGAGUCAAAUAUUGACCUGUACAUUCAAUUUAGGAUGGAAAAUGUAAAUGAUGAUUGUAAAUUCCCAUAUUCCUCCUGUGGCCCUGAAUGUCAUUUUUUAAAGAAGUCAAAUAAAAGAUAACUGUUACAAGUGUGA